AUGGGUUAUGGUUAUGAAAUUGCGCCGCCCGCUCUUUCCAGAAUAAUCGUCUUGGAAGGAUGAGCCGCAAGAGAGAGAAACCCUACCACUCUCGCCACGCUCUAUCUUCUAUCGCAAAACGACGUCGUCCUUCACUUCCCGAGUUACCUGACUCCGCCUCCCGCGAUGCGCCCGCCACCAAGCACUCCUCCCCGGCGGCCGUGCUCGUUAUCGGCCUCUCUCCAGAGUGUUCCGUCCUCGACCUGAAGUCCCGGUUCGAGAUCUACGGCUGCAUCUCCCGCAUCCGCAUCGACCGCGACGGAGUCGGCUACAUCACCUUCCGCUCCAAGGACUCUGCCGACGCCGCCAUCACCGCCUCUCAAGACCCUUCCUUCGGCAUAACCAUUGAUUCCAAAAGAGUACAGGUCUUAUUGGCGAAAGAUCCGAAUUCAGCAGUCGGGUUUGGUUCGAACAAGGACAAUGGGUCCUCAUCGAAGCUCUUGCGGGCUGAGGUGCCUCUGAGCAGGCAUGGAAGAAGUAAUAAGCUUGUUUCAAGUAGUGCGAAGCCCAAGACCGAUCCAAUUUCAGGUUUAGAUGUGGCUUUUAAAGGAAGAGAAAUGGUUGCUUAUGAUGAUAUUCUGUAGCCUUCGAACCGGUGACUUUGGGGCGUUUGAGUUACAGUUUAGUUCCGUAGUCGACGAUGCCGAGGAUGCCUUUGAUUGCUGCUUUUAGUUUUUGUUAAAUGUAUCGAUUGUGAAGCCGUGUACGGAAUAUUCGAAUAAUUAUCGAUGUGCAUUUCUUUAACAGCCCCAAAUCAUUCCUCCUGGAACCCUAAUUUGAUAGAUUACUGGUUGUCCCCUU